AUGGACUCCACCGAUCGCCCCAACCGAGGUGAGCUCGGCGGACCGCAAAUGGUCAUUCAACAAUAUGCGCGAUAUCCUCCAGCCUUGGAAUCGACGCUACAGAGUGCUUCCUCCUUAGGAAGUGCUCGCAGCCAAAUAGAUAUCAACAAAUCGCCUCCCUUGCAACGAAGAGAAACUCCCAGGAGCUUACAGUCUUCCCCAAGGGGCAUGCGUUCUGCUAUACCCCCAUCAUCGGCCAAUCGCUCCGGGACGUCCAUGUCUCCGCCAGUCUUUGACCCUCAUCGCCAUCAGCCGAUGAAAGAUCCUGCUGAUCACGCAGAUUCCCGAGUUCUUCCAUCACGGGAUAUCACUGACGAGACGAUUGAUGAUGCAUAUGUUUCAUUUAUCUUGUACUGCAAUCCUAAUGUUCCAUCCUCGGUUGACACAUCAGAUCUGCGAAAGACCUUCCGGUGUCUACCACGGAGUGAUGGGAAAAGCUUCAACAUCUUUACCCUAUUCGGGCUCAUUCGAAGACGGCUACAGAAUGAAGAGUUGAAGACAUGGAUUCAACUAGCAAUUGAACUGGGUGUCGAACCACCCUGCAUUGAAAAGAAGCAAAGCACUCAGAAGGUGCAGCAGUACACUGUUCGGCUCAAACGUUGGAUGCGUGCUAUGCAUAUUGAUGCUUUCUUUGAAUAUUGUAUGGGACUGCCUCAUUCUUACUAUACACAGCUACCGCCAUCUGGCCCUUUCGUCAGUGAAUCCCGUGAUGGGGUAUUAUUGGAAGAAGAUCUCGCACUCAGGGCACUUGUUCCACAAUGGAAGCCAAAGCGGGGAAGGAAAAGGGUCGAGGACAGGUACAGUGAAGAAGACAAAACGAUCAAGCGGCCCCAGUUGGAUACAUCUGUGGGCGCCCUACAGCAGGGUAGUUUCCAGUCCCACUCGGUGACAUUCCCACAGAGUGCGAUUCCAUUCAGUGCAUUUCCUGAUGAUAUGGAACAAAAUGACCCCUGGAUAUCGGCUACCUCCUCAUUUCCAAAUGGUUCAGGGCCAGAUCAGCAAAAUCAAGAUUUACGCUGGAGACUCGCUGAACGGGAUGCCUCUCCUGCUAAUUAUCCACAGUCUGCUAUCAUUCCCCGCAGUCAUCUACCAUCAGAGGUCCUCAUGUCUGCAGAGCCACGGUCGGCAGUCACUCCAUCAACUGGCGAAAAGAGCCGUUCUAGGAGGCGACAUGGCCCUGCAGUUUCAUCUGCUUGGCCGAACAGCAACGGCUUGUCAGCCGGGAAAGGCCGCGGGAGGCCACCAAAUAAAGGGUCAUCAUCGGGUUCCUUUUCUACCUUCCAGGUCAAUCCUAGUCGGGAAUCAUCACAGGCACCCAAUCCUAAUACUCAAGCUCCUUCCCUUAACAGAAAUACACCCCAAAUAUUUCAGACCCCAUCUCACAAUCAACCUCCGACGCCAUCUCAAAAUACACCUCCAACAUCUAUCUCUCAGGGGAGGCCCAACAAACUUCAGUUGCAGGUUCCUCAACAUUCAGGGGCGCCAGUUCGACUUGCCACCCCACCGAGACUAUUAGUUAACGGUGUGAAUGGUGCUGUCAUUCCCGGCUCUGAAGGGCCCAAUAGUUCCAGAAACUAUCCCGUCACAGAUACCCCAAAGAAUGGUAUCACUACUCAAGCACCUCCCGCCAGUGGGCAAAGCAAUACGAUCACUACCCAGAAUCCCUCCAUGGAUGACAUGGUUCAUGCACUUUCUGCAGACCUUCUUCGUGCUAAGUUGAUAGGGCGGACGGGGACUCUCGCUCCCAACGAGGCGGGUGCGCUGGCCUCAGCGGUGGUGAUCAAUUUGUCUUCACUAUAUUCACAAUUCCGACUUGGCACUCCUUCACUACUGCUGGCCUUCCAUCUUGGCGUUGGUCAUCAUUUUGGAUUCACAGGCGCUACCCCAGGGCCACUGGUUGUCAAGGUUGAACGUGCCGUCCCAAGCAGUGAUGGAAAUAGGAGUGCUCCUGCCUCUAAAGAAUCGUUCAAUGGGGCUCAUUAUACAAUCUCCCACGAAUACAAAACUUCAAGCCAGUUCUCGAUCCAAAUCACACUUGCAAAUGUCAAUCCCAGUGUGGGGGGGACUAUUAUGUCUGACCACGCAAGCUCGACUAUAGGUCCGAGUCAUGAAAAUAUUGACAACAAUAAGACGGUGGAUCUGGAUUUUGAUGAUGACGAUCCCAGCCAGCCUGUUUCCGAGGCAACAUGGAAGCAGCGUUACACAAGACUCCGUGCUCAGAUGCAGAAGAAGGACCAGGCUUUAUCGCAAUACAAGCGAAAGAUCGUGGAAUCUGUCAUGGCAGACAUACUAUAA